ACUCAGAUCCCUUGCAAGUUAGUGAUAAAAAUAUACCAUAUAUAACAUUUAUUAGCGAUAUGCCUGGACCGUCCAGACCACUUUGGCAAGUCGCUGGAAAGCGUGAUCCUGACCAAGAAAGAGAAGCUCAAGCAUGGAUUGAAUCAGUCAUAGGCCAGAAAUUUCCUCCUGUCCCCUAUGAAUAUGCCCUAAGAGAUGGUAUCAUUCUGUGCAAAUUAAUGAACAGACUUCAGCCUGGCAUUAUUUCUAGAAUAAAUACAUCUGGAGGAGAUUACAAAAUGAUGGACAAUCUUAGCCAAUUUCAAAAGGCAUGUGUAAAAUAUGGAGUUCCUGAUGUAGAUCUUUUCCAAACAACUGAUUUAUGGGAUCAAAAGAAUAUUGCUUUAGUUACUACCACCAUUUUUGCAAUCGGUCGUACUUGUUAUAAACACCCUGAGUGGAGAGGACCUUUUCUAGGCCCCAGACCAUCUGAAGAAAAUAAACGAGAAUUUUCAGAAAGUCAGUUGAGGGCUGGUGAAGCUAUUAUAGGCUUACAAGCUGGAUCAAAUAAAGGCGCUACACAGGCUGGUCAGAACUUUGGAGCAUCUCGAAAAAUUAUUUUAGGGAAAUAAAACAGUACAUAAUCAAAUUUAUAUCAACAAUUUAUAACAUAUAAUAUAAUCUAUAACAACAUUGUUAAAUAUAAUAACUAACAAUUUAAAUCAAGUUUAUAAAGUUAUAGGUACUGAUGACUUGAUAGGUAUACAUAUUUUCAAUACCUAAUAGCCUGUUAAUAAAUUAUUAUAAUACAAA